AUGGCCAAAAAAACUGGCGUCGAGCUCAAUCGACGGACAGAAACCACCAUUUCUGUCACAGUAGCUCCUCAGAAUCCCGACUUCUUCAGUGUCACGCCAAAAUCACAUACUUUGACCCCCGCCCGUCUCGCUGAAGACCUUGGAACCUCCCUUACCGACGGCCUUUCUAGGAAUGAAGCAGCUCGCAGGUUAGCUACCUAUGGCGAGAACGUCCUCGAGGGCGAUGGUGGUAUUUCGAUCUGGAAGGUCCUCAUCGGCCAAUUGGCCAACGCUUUAACUGUCGUCUUGGUCGCCGCGAUGGCUCUUAGCUUUGGUGUGAAGGAUUAUGUUGAAGGCAUCGUUAUCGCUGUGGUCAUUAUUGUCAAUACCACUAUCGGUUUCUUCCAAGAAUAUCGCGCUGAGAAGACCAUGGAUUCGUUGAGGCAGCUUUCAUCUCCCACCGCCUUUGUCAUCCGUAACGGCGAGAGCGUGGCUAUUCCAGCAAAAGAUGUCGUUCCCGGCGAUCUGGUUUCCAUCAAGGCUGGUGACGUCGUGGCUGCCGAUUUGCGCCUGGUCUCGGUUUCCAAUCUCGAAAUCUCGGAGCAGCUCCUCACUGGUGAAUCUGUACCUGUUGCAAAGAAUGUCGACACUUACGACGAGGACGAGCUCGACAUUCCGAUUGGCGACCGCCUCAACCUCUGCUACGCCUCAACCAUUGUCACCAAAGGUCGCGGAGUCGGAAUUGUUGUUGGAACGGCUAUGAAUACCCAGAUUGGCAUGAUUGCUGCUGCUAUUCAAGGAAAGAAGAAGAGCAUUGACGAGGAGAUGGCGCACCGUCCCUGGUACCACCGCACUCUCGAGAAGAUCAAGUACAUCAUGGGUCUUCGCUCGGGCACUCCUCUGCAAAUCAAGCUUGCCAAGCUCGCCUACCUCCUCUUCUUGUUUGCUUGCCUCCUCAUCAUCAUCGUGUUCUCUGUCGCCAAGUUCAAGAUCACCAGUGAAGUCGUCUUGUACGGUAUCGCCACCGCCAUUGCCAUCAUUCCCGAAUCCCUCGUCGCCAUUCUUACCCUCACCAUGGCCGUCGGUACUAGGAAGAUGGCGAAAGAGCAUGUCAUCGUCCGCAAGCUGGACGCUCUUGAGAACCUUGGAGGUGUCACCGAUAUUUGCAGCGACAAAACCGGCACAUUGACCCUUGGUCAAAUGUCUGUUCAGAAACUGUGGUUGGCCGCCGACAAGCCUCAUGACUCCGAGUUCACCGCCGAGUUGAAUGAUAACGCCUUGGACCCCACCGGUAUCAUCAAGCGGGAUACGGAUUCUAGUGUCCUGGAUGGCGCGUCUAUGCCCGAGGGCGUGCGCCAGGCCGUCUUGGUUGCCAGUCUUUGCAACGUCGCCACCGUCCGCAAAAAUUUGAAGGGCCAAUGGAAGUCCACCGGUGACCCUACGGAAGUCGCGCUGCAAGUAUUUUCAAUGAAGCUCGGUUUGGGUCGUUCCACGCUGGCUCCCGAUUCGCUCGAACAAGAAGCUGCCGCCGGAAGGCCUGCCCUCGGAGAGCCUGUCCCUGACACCGACUCAGAUGCUGGGAAGGCCAAGGUUCAAUUCCCGGCAGAGCUUUCUCAGUCCAAGCGCUAUGAACUGAAAGUCGAAUUCCCAUUCUCGAGCGAUGUCAAGCGUAUGACCACCAUCUACCUGGACAAAGAGUGCGAGAACCCCAAGGAGAACGCUAUUGUACUGAUCAAGGGAGCUGCCGAACGCAUUCUGGACGCCUCGAUUUCGUACAUUCCCUCUCCAGAGACCAACCCUUCGCAAACUGCUCCGCUCACCCCUGAAGUGCGUGCCAGCUUCCUUGCGAAGUACGAAGAACUUGCUUCCCAAGGUCUCCGCGUCAUUGGCCUCGCCCACCGUACUAUGCCUGCUGCUGAACUCGAGGGUCUCACUCGCGAGGCGGCCGAGCAGGGCUUCACUUUCCUUGCUUUGGCUGGUAUUUCUGACCCUCCCCGACCUGAAACCCUGGGCGCUGUCAGGGCCUGCAAGGCUGCGGGUAUCGUUGUCCAUAUGUUGACUGGUGACCACAUCUCCACUGCCAGGGCCAUCGCAAAGGCUGUUGAGAUCAUCGGGCCUGAUUCCCCUCCUAGUGCCGUCAUGACUGCCCAAGAAUUCGACAAGCUCACUGACGCCGAGGUUGACGCUUUGCCUGAACUCCCGCUUGUCAUCGCUCGAUGUGCCCCUGAUACCAAGGUUCGUAUGAUUCACGCUGGCAAGCGCCGUGGCAAGCACAUGUCCAUGUCCGGUGACGGUGUCAACGACUCUCCUGCUCUCAAACUUGCUCCCGUUGGCAUCGCCAUGGGCAUGGCAGGUUCCGAUGUCGCCAAGGACGCUGCUGACUUGGUCUUGACCGAUGACAACUUUGAUUCGAUCCGCGUCGCAGUCAGCGAAGGCCGAAGGCUGUUCACCAACAUCCAGAGGUUCAUCAUCCACUUGUUGGCCGUGAACGUUGCCGAAGUUGUCGUCUUGAUUUUGGGUCUGGCUUUCCAAGAUGAACAGGGUCGAAGCGUGUUCCCGCUCAGUCCCAUCGCUAUUCUUUGGGUCAACAUGGUCACCUCUGGACCCCCUGCUUUUGGUUUGGGUACCGAGAAGGCGUCUCCGGAUUCGAUGUUGAGGCCACCUCACCCCUUGAAGGACGGUGUCUUCUCCUGGCCUGUCAUCAUUGACUGCUUCGCCUACGGAAUUGUUAUGGGCGCCCUUUCACUUAUGACUUUCGUUAUCGUUGUCUGGGGAAGAUACAGCGGCGAACUUGGCAUCGAAUGCAACCACUCCUCCGAUGCCAUUUGCAACACUGUCUUCCGUGCUCGAUCUGCCACCUUCGCUACCCUCAUCUUCGACAUCUUGCUCUUCGCGUUCGAAUUGAAGUCUUUCGACCGUUCGGUGUUCGCUCUUAAUCCCAACCGUGCUUGGUGGCUCGAGCUCUACGAGAACAAGGUCUUGUUGCUCUCAGUUGUCGGUGGAAUGGUCACCGUUGUCCUUCCCAUCUACAUCCCCGGGUUCAAUAACCGCGUCUUCUAUCAAGCACCCAUCGGCUGGGAGUGGGGUCUCGCCAUCGGCAUGACCAUCGUCUUCGUCAUCUGGUGUGAAGUUUGGAAGAUUAUCAGGAAGCCUCUCUUCAAGCGUUGGGAUUAUGGUCUUGUCCAAGUUGACCCGAGCGGAGAAGGUGGGACUGGCACGGCACCCAUGGCCGGUCCUUCGGAGAAGCAGGUCGACGAGAAGGCCAACAAGGUAGCAGAAUAG